AUGACCACCCCCUUCCACAUCCUCAGCAGCACAGCCAAGACCCAGGCCCCGAGGAGGGCCCGGGAGGAAGUGACUGCUCGUUGGCCAUUCCUGAGGCCAGUGAGUGGUUUUUCACAUCUUUAUAAUUUGAUUCUUGCUCAUGAACUUAUACAGGUCUGUUGCCUGGUGUCUAAUUGUGCUUCCCCCUCCGUUUGCCUUGCAGCCCCUGCCUCUGUCCGCUACUCCCACACAGACGUCAGAGUGCCCGACUUCUCCGACUACCGCCGCACCGAGGUGCAGGACAGCACCAAGUCCUCCAAGGAGAGCAGCGAGGCCAGGAAGGGCUUCUCCUACUUGGUAACGGCGACCACGACGGUGGCCACCGCCUACGCCGCCAAGAAUGUGGUCUCCCAGUUUGUCUCCAGCAUGAGCGCCUCGGCCGACGUGCUGGCCAUGUCCAAGAUCGAAAUCAAGUUGUCCGACAUCCCCGAGGGCAAGAACAUGGCCUUCAAGUGGAGAGGCAAGCCGCUGUUCGUGCGCCACCGCACCCAGAAGGAGGUGGAUCAGGAGGCCGCCGUGGACGUGUCCCACCUGCGGGACCCCCAGCACGACCUGGAGCGCGUGAAGAAGCCCGAGUGGAUCAUCCUGAUCGGGGUCUGCACGCAUCUCGGCUGCGUGCCCAUUGCCAACGCGGGCGACUAUGGUGGGUAUUACUGCCCUUGCCACGGCUCCCACUAUGACGCCUCUGGCAGGAUCCGGAAGGGGCCUGCGCCCCUCAACCUCGAGGUUCCCUACUACGAGUUCACCAGCGACGACGUCGUGGUGGUUGGCUAGGCCCCAGCUCGAGGCGCAGGCUCUUCGUCCUCACGUCUCCUCGGAGAAGGUGCCUGAGAGCAGGUGUGUACCGCGGGGUUGGUUUGUACGAGUGAGAUCUGCGGACAGUGCCCUUGUGAUGUUCAUGUGAAAUGAGCUGAAUCUGAUUUGAACACCUUCACGCCUUCACCUUAAUGAAGAAGCCACUGUCAGCACUGUCGGCUGGGAGGCUUGGGGGCGGGCGGUGUCUGAUGGUUCCUUCCAUUAAAGUCACUGGCUGCUGUACAAGA